AAAAAAACGGGAGGUCGACUUGAACGCUAGACUUUUUAAAGGUUCGCAGUACUGUUAAAAAAAGUCCAGUAACGGAAAAUGAACUUUCUGGUUGGCGGUUAUGAUCGAGGGACCUGCCUCGGACCAAGUUGAUGACUUCCGCCAGGAAUGAGAUCGCGGAGUAGAUUCCGGCACCUGGUCGUGGUUGUAUCGGUUGGCACGUGUGUCUGGAUUUUGGCUUUCGCGUCGACCCUCUACCAAGAGGAGAGUGAUCCACAACCCGAGGACUCUGGAAAAUGGUACGCGUGGAAACGUCUCUCACAACUUAUGACAAGCGAUGAAACGGCGAAUCUCUCUCCCAAUUCACCCCAGGUGGCUCAAGGUGUGAGUGCAGAGACUUUAAGGGUUGUCCACUUGGACCUGAAAGGCGCGCCACCGACUAUAAGCUACUUAAAAGAAUGGCUGAAACUCGUGGCCCGCGCUGGCGCCACUGCCCUCCUCAUCGAAUACGAGGACAUGUUUCCUUUCGAGGGCAUUCUCCGCAACGCCUCGGCCACCAACGCCUAUACCAAAACAGAGAUUUUAGACUUGCUGCAGAUCUGCGACUCCUUGGAUAUGGAAGUAAUUCCCCUGAUCCAGACAUUCGGGCACAUGGAGUACGUGCUGAAACUUGCGGAUUUCAUGAACUUGCGCGAGGUGCAGCAGUACCCGGAAGUGAUCUGCCCCUCGAAAGCCCACUCCCGCCAAGUUAUCGAGGAGAUGGUGAGACAGGUGAUGGCUGUCCACAGGACGGCCAGGUGGAUACACAUUGGCUGCGAUGAGGUCUAUCAUCUCAAAAUCUGCCCUGUCUGCACGGCUACCGAUGAUACCCCCAGCCAGAUAUUCGAGAAACACGUGAUAAACACGGCGAGUUUCAUCGAGAUGAACUACCCGGGCGUGAAGACCCUGAUCUGGGACGACAUGAUGCGGCACUGGCUCCCGGGGUACUUCGCCAUCUCCAAGCUCCGCUACUGGGUCGAGCCGGUGGUCUGGGUCUACGGCACCGACGUGGCCGGGAGCCUCCCCGACUGGAACUGGUUCUGGUACGCCAAGACCUUCCCUCGGAUCUGGGUCGCGGGCUCCUUCAAGGGCGCCACCGGGGAGCUCGCCGUCCUCCCCAAUCUCACGUUCCACCUCCAGAAUCAGCUCAGCUGGAUCCGCUUCCUCAAAACAGGUUUCCUCGUGAAAGACACGAAAAUCGUGGGCUUGAUCCUGACCGGUUGGUCCCGCUACGACCACUUCGCCGGACUCUGCGAGAUACUCCCUCCUUCGAUCCCUUCUCUCGUUCUGAACCUGGUCCUGAUCAGCAACUGCCACAAGAACAGCGCCUCGGUGCACGAAACGGCCGAAUACAGGAACCUCAUAGCGAAACGGGCGAUGAAACUGCUCCAGUGCGCUCUGCCGGCCGACGCGGCGAACCAGCUGGACACCGUGCGCUUCGACGAGUGCUCAUUCCUCGGCCACGAGACCUACUUCACCAUGCAAGAGUACCUGGAAGUUGCGUCGCUGGUCCAAGGCAUGUUCGAGGACUUCACGUCGAAAAACGCGUGGUUAACGACUGUCAACGUACGAGAGGGUUUCAUGAGCCCCUUCAGGGUCUGGACGAGGCUGCGUUUCGACGAGUGGACAUCGGCCAACAAGCGGACCGCGUUUCUGGAGAAGUUGGUGCGGUCGCAGUUGGUGAGCUACUUCGAUGUGUUCACGAUCGAGGAGUGGUUUCAACAGCGGAUUAAGCCGUUGUACGAUAAGUUGGACGAAAUGAAGCACCUGGCGGACACCGCGUUACGGCAGACUCACUGGCCAAGGCGACCCUUGGUCAAACGACCCUUCCAGGACUGAAACCGGACGAUUUUGACGAGGUGUUUUAGUCAGUGCUACAAAUUAAACGUCUAUAAUUACAUUCCCAGAGUAGCAUGGUCUUCGUUUUGGAAUCAAUUGGAAUCAAAAGGCACUAUCAUUGACUAUUUCUCAAGGAAAAAUUAACCGGUUGCUUCAGGUUCAUGACGGCAUCCCGUAGGACUUUCAAGGAUCUUCCGAGAUGUUCUGAAACAUUUUCAAGAGUUUCCAAGGAUAGAAAAAAAUACUUCAGAUGCCUUAAAAUCUGUCUUUAAACGCGACUUCAUACCCCCAUUGCCCCCCCUCCCCCCUCCUUUCUAUGUUUCUCUGUUGAAAUGACACUUUACGUCUCACGAAAAUGAUCCAAGGUCGGACUGAGCGAGAUUAUCUUUAAAAAUUGGCGAUUUAUUGAUUUGCAUCUGAUUAAAGAAUAAGGAUAAAAAUAGAAUAGGUAAAGGUAGAAGAAGAAGAAGGAUAAAAUCGUCUCACUUAAGAUCAUAGUCAUAAGUGACGGAAAUAACGCGCCCUCAGCGCUUAGCAACUCGCGACGCAACGAAUGCAGAUGUAGCGAAGAUAGCAACGCCGCGACACCAAACAACUAUUCCACCUUUGAUGCUUCCUAUGUUGCAUACGCACGCAUAUGAAGGCGCACUGACUUCUCCAGCUGUCACCGCAAAGCUCACCAUCUCGAGACAGAUACGUCGGUCGCUAGCUUGCGACUGCACGUCACUGAUUCGAUUAUUUGCAUGGAUUAAAAAGUUUCGAGAAUGAACUUUCGAACAUUGCCAAAUUUCUUCCAAAAAAACACAUGACUUUUCCACGUCAGAAACUAAGUGUUGUUACUUUUUCGCUCCGCAUGCGUGCCUACAACAGUAUCCCAAAAUCUAUUAUUUGUUUGAUUUUCGGUGGUUCCCUUGAGCACGGCAAGUGAUUUUGGAGUACGCAAAUAUUUAAGGGGAGGGUUAUAUGGAGCAACAUUGGUGGAAAUCUGAGAAUUUCUAAGAAAAACACUCAUACAAUUUUGAAAGGUUAAUCAUUUUACACGUAGUGAGGAAAAGGCAACAAUCGAUGCUGAUACAACGUUAUUCCUCAGCAGGUCAGGAUUGAGCGCCCUUCUUCCAAUGCUGUCCUCCACUUGCACUCCAAGUAAUAACACCACCAACAUAACAGCAAAGCAGUUCAGAAGUUCAGCGAGCAGAAGUUCAGUUAGCAGGAUGGAACUACAAAUAUCAUGUACCUACCAGACAGAUGCCUAAUUUCAAACGACCUAUAUUCUGCUUGAUGACAUCAAAUUAUUGUGAUACAUAGGGCAUACUUACCGACUGAAUGGUUAUUUAAGAAUAAGAGCUUUCACCACAUAAAAACGCAGCCAAAAAUAAAAAAGAUGCGUAUGAAAUUAGGUGCAUACCUUGGUACCAGCAUAGCUAAAGACAACUUUUAUACCUAAUUUCUAUUAUGUAUUAUUUACAAUGGAAAAAAAAAAAA